AACAUUGCUUCGGCAUCGCGGCGAAGAUCCUCUGCUUCCCCCAUCUAUGCUUAAUUCUCGUCCGUUCUCUGCUUUACUAUCAAAUCCAGGGCUUAACUCUUAAAGAGAAUACCCAUUGUUAUGUCGUUGUCGAAGGGCACGACGAAUAUCGCUUGGAAUGUCUUUCAGGUCGUCCGACGAUCAACGAAGAAUUCAUCCGCGAUCAGUUCGCAAUUGAAUGCACGCAGAAGUCAAGCUAGGUAUCAUUCUGAAGUGAAGACCACUACCAACCCAGAGGAGAGCGCUACCUCGGAAACUCCUGCACAAGAAGUUCGUGAAGGCUGGUUAUUCGUUGACUCAGUGUUUCCGGUUCGGAUAGGCUCAUGGGAUGUCCGCUACUACAUUGGCAUUUUUCGAGAGGAAACACUUCUGGGCCGGUUAGGCUCGUUAUUCGAAGAUGUCCAGAAGCACGGUUUCCAUGUCGUCUCAUUGGAACCUCAGAAGAAGGAUGGCGGAGUCUUUGUGAAGUUCAAAUACAAUGCGGAUGAUUCUGACGCAGCUUUGAACGAGAUUCUGUCAGACCUUAGAGUCACGGUAGAAAAACACGGUGGUGUACCUUCGUGGCUCGGACUACCGCGGGGAAAUGUUUGGUUGGUGAAAGGACAACCAUGGCGAGAGGACCUAAUGCGAUAUCCUUCACCUCUGGUCAAGAUAGCAUUCGAUGGACCUGACGUUGACGAAGAAUCACUCUAUUCACUUCUUCGACCUUACGGUCGCAUCCGUGAUUUUAUCCCACCAUCACCCGCUCCGGCAGGGACUUUGCGCUCCACCAUUGUAACUUACCGUAACUUGCGCGCGGCAGUGAGAGCGCGAAAUACCAUUCACGGCCUAAUACUUCCCUCAUCUCCAUCUGCCACGACGAAAACGCGUCUAAAGACGAGUUAUCAGCAGCCUAUUCAGGCUCAUGCUGUGAGGGACUAUGUCACUAGUCAUCCUCGCAUAUUCCUCCCUAUUCUCUUCUUCCUUUUGGGUACUCUGACAUAUACUAUAUUUGAUCCUAUUCGCGCCCUCAUGGUCGAAGGGAAGAUGAACAACUGGUUUGAUUUUCGACAAUUCCGAAUAUACAAAUGGCUCCGUGACAAUACCGUCCAACGGUUUUCAUUCAGUCAAGGUGCAGAGGGUGAAACUCCAUCUCCAAAGGACGGAGCCUGGAAAGAACGACUCGAUGCUCAAGACACCCUGGAGCGAUAUCUCUCUGACAUGCCUAACACGGUUGCAUUCAUACACGGUCCACAAGGAAGCGGAAAGACUCGGAUGCUGACAAUUGUAUUGCAAGAAACCGGGCGCAAAGCGUUGGUCAUUGAUGUUGCGGAAUUGUCCAAAGCGACAACGGAGACCGCUUUGGUAACAGGGCUAGCAAGGCAGACUGGCUACUGGCCCGUAUUUUCGUUUAUGAACUCCAUGAACAACCUCAUCGACUUAGCGAGUGUUGGUCUGAUUGGACAAAAGACUGGACUCAGUUCAUCGCUCAGUGAUCAACUGAAACAAAUCCUCGAAGUCGUUGGAACGGGUCUAAGACACGUUAACGCUACAUACAAGGAAGUACAGGAAAAACAGCGCAAGAGGGAGCAUCUUGAACAGUUGCGAAAAGAGCAUGAAGCGCAAGUCAGGGAACGUAUCAGGGAAGGCAUAUGGCACGAUGGACGUCUGGACGUUGUUGCGGGUGUCGGUGUUAUGAGUGAACUUGGCAUCGGUGAUGAGUGGUUCUCCGAGAAUGAUGCAGAUUUCAUCCCUCGUGAUGCUAUAACUUUGUCUACUGAAAAGAAUGUUGACGAGGCGAAGAGGAAACAGAGAAAUACGGAGGACCUGCAGGCUAUUGAAUCCAUGCCAAUCGUGAUCAUCAAGAAUUUCGAGACGAAAGGCAGAGGCACAAAACGGGACGAACUGCUGGAUGUGUUGGCACAGUGGGCUGCAUCGCUUGCUGAGAACCAGGUAGCGCAUGUUGUUGUGGUCAGCGCAAAUCGUGAAAACGCCAAACGGCUCGCAAGGGCCUUACCAUCAAAACCCCUGACCAUCAUUGCCCUCUCGGAUGCUGAUAACGCCAGUGCACUAUCCUUUGUCAAGCAGAAACUCCAUGACGUCGGGAUUGAUAUCGAACUCAUUGAGGAACAAGUUCAUUGCAUUGAAAAACUCGGCGGACGUGCAAGUGAUCUUGAAAGCUUGAUUCACAAAGUACGAAGUGGACAAUCCGUCGAAGAGGCGGUUGAAGACAUCGUAACUCGUGGCGUCAGUGAACUACGGAAGAAUGCGUUUGGAGACGACCUUGAAGAUGCGAAGAACUUGCCUUGGGCUCGAGAACAAGCUUGGACGAUAAUGAAGCAAUUGGCAGACAAAUCCGAGCUUCCUUACCAUGACCUGUUGCUGGAUUUCCCAUUCAAGGGGGACGAGACAGCUCUGCGCAAUAUGGAACAAGCAGAAUUAAUUUCCAUCGCUACUCGUAAUGGCCGCCCUUCCACGAUCAGGCCUGGCAAGCCUGUGUACAGAUAUGUAUUUAAGAAACUUGUGCACGGUAAAGAUUCUUGUGAUUCACCCCUCGAGGCCACUCCAUUGAUGUCCCCUACAGAUCCAAUAUUCCAGGCGACCCAAGACAUCGCCUUCAAUACCAAGUUGAUUGCCGCAUCGGAAACCAUAAUUAGGACCUGUGAACAGGAACUUCUCACUCUCAGGGAAAUUGAUGCCGGUACUUCCACUUGGUGGGGACCAAGUUUCGCUGUAAAGCAGAGGAGAGAACAUCUCUUGAAGAACAUGCACACAGCGGAAAACAAGAUUGAAGUGUUGGAGAAACAGAAUAUCAAUCUCAAGAAGAUACUUGCUAAAGCAACUUGAUUCACAUACAGUAUGUAUGGACGGUUUUGGAUCUUCACCACUCGAGAUACAUAUGGAUGCCUCUGUAUAACAGCAAUGAUCUAGAAUGGGACCUACCUACUACUAAUCAAACAGCUAUAGCUAUUUGCUAGAUACUACCACCUACGCACAUUCCGCGUGCAAAUAUAAUACGCAAUGCAUAGGCCUUCAGCCCGAGAGAAAAACUACCUGAAAACAAUGUGGGGAAUGAGUGGCCUUAAGCCUGAGAGUGAUGCUAUAAUGAUGAGGCCUUGAGCCUGAGUGCACUAUCGAUGUCAUGAUGUUGGACUUGAGAGAUUGAGAGAGUAAAACAGAAAAGAUGCAAGCGGGAUUGAUGAUCGGGUAACCAGAGAGGAUAGAUCACGGAAAGAAGAAUGAAUCAAAGUAUGUGUCCGUGGCGAACAGCAUUCAGUAGAAAGUUCGAACUUUUAUCGAACGACGAUUAUCGCUUGCCGCCACGGCGACUGGGAAGUUUCUUGAGAAUUCGACCAGUUGGACCGGGAGCAGUUGGUGUGGCUGGAGGUGCAGACCCGACAGUAAACAGAGGCGUAGUAGGUGCUGAGGGUAAUGCCGGGGGCGCUCCAAAGGGAGAGGCAGGUGCAGCUGUCGU